UUGAAACCUUCUAGUCAUCUUCUGAUAGUUUAUGGUGGGUUUCUGCAGACAUUGGUGAGGUACCAGUUACCGGUUGUGGUGAUUGUUUUUAACAAUGGAGGUGUUUAUGGUGGUGAUAGAAGAAAUCCUGAUGAAAUAACUGGUCCAUACAAGGAUGAUCCUGCUCCUACCUCCUUUGUUUCAGGGGCAGCUUACCAUACUUUGAUUGAAGCAUUUGGAGGAAAAGGCUAUGUUGUUGAGACACCCGAGGAACUUAAAUCUGCGCUUUCUGAAUCUUUCUCUUCCAGGAAACCAGCAGUAAUUAACGUUAUAAUUGAUCCUUAUGCUGGUGCGGAGAGUGGGAGGAUGCAGCAUAAAAAUUGAGGUAUUAUUUUGUGAUCAUUUGUGUUUUAUAAUGUUACAUCGGAAGCUAAGUUUACUUAAAAUGUAAUUUGUGUUUAACCGUCAUAAAUUGUUAGACCCAAGCCGUUCAAAAGGAUGUAACACCUGCUGUAGGUAUAUUUCUGAAAGCAAUGUCAGCUGAUGCCAAUGUGUCUUUGAAUAAAAAUAAAGUCAAUGGGAUGAAGCUUGGUUUAUUUGCAUAAUUUACAUAUCGACCUGCUAAAAA